AUGUCCAGGAUGACGACCAGGAACGGGGGAAUCCGCAACACUGAUACUACUGCUGGAGGGAUCCUGGAUAAGCCCAAGGAAGCGCCGGCUGAUAAGAAAGCUCUUCAGCCUGCCGGGUCGGCGCAUGAAGUCAGGGAAGUGGCUCGUGACUUGCUCAACGCGAGCAGUGGAGGGAAGCCGUUGUCUACGGAUCCUGGUGUUAAGCCGGAUGGCACCGGUGGCGGUACUGGCGCUAUCCUGCAUGCAGCGAAGGACGCGACGUCAAACAUUGCCUCGAAGGGUGCUGAUGAGGAAGAGGACGACGGUUACCUCAGCGACGACCCUGUAGAACGCUAUGAUGCGCAGGCGAAGAGCGAAGUUGCGCAGCGGAUUCGUUUCGCAAUCGUCCUGUUGAUUCCGAUCGCCUUCAAGACGGAGACCACGCGUGUGCAGGCGACUCUUCGCGCGCUCUUCAAUGUGUGGAAGAAAGACCUGAAUAUGGAGAUACAGGCAUCGACGAAGUUUCAGGAGCUGACGGCGGUGUUCCUGAAUAAGAAGCAGUACUGGAGGCUGCAGGUUACCUUUGACCGGGCCCGCGACGCCAACUUCGUGAGGAAGCAUGGGAUUGUGCAUACCUGUGUUGACGGAAAGCGGAUUCAUCUGGACUGGCAGCACCUGGUGGACCCGGCGUAUGUGAAGGCACGAGCGGCUGACCCGCUGCUGGUUGAAGUGUUGUUCAAAGGUGUGGAUGCAGUGAUCACGCCGGAGAUGCUCUGCGACAUGCUGGUGAAAGUGAAGCUGGAGAAGCGCGGCCAUGUCGUGGAUAGUCUGCCAAGGGGGGAGGAUCUGAUAGUGGCAGGGGAUUUUAACAUGAUUGAGGACCCCGUGCUGGAUAAGUCGAACAGACAGGGGGUGACGGGUGAUAAUGGACGUAUGAUGCAGAUGCUAGCGGGUUUCCACGCGAAGGACGUGUUUCGGGAGCUGUUUCCAGAUGAGAGGCAGUUCACGUUUUACUGCAAGUCGGCGAAGGUCAGCUCGAGAAUCGACAGGGUGCUAGCGUCCCAGUCCAUGCUGCAUCUGGUGACGGGGGUGAAGCACAAGAAGGUACCGAAGGGGAUCACGGAUCAUAAGUUCGCGGUGAGGAUGAGUCUCGGUUGGAGGGGCCCACGUGAGUCAGGCGGCAGCGGUGGUUUCGACAAGUUGCUGAGGAGCUUAUCUGCACAGCUGAGAAGAUAUGACAAAGAGGAGAGGAAGCGAGUGAAGCUUACGAGAGGCGUUCUGGAGGAGCAAGUGGAGCAGUUACAGCACAAGGUGAUGGCUGAUCUGUACGAUGACGAGCUACGGUCGGGGCUUAAGGUGCAGCUGGACGGGGAGGCGCCAACAAGUUUCCUGACGGCGCUGAUCAAGAGUAGGAGGGCAAGGACGGGGAUAAAAGAGCUGGUGAGAAAUGGGGUCAGUCACACAGAGGCACGGGGUAUACUGGAAGCGGCUACCUGUCACUUCAGGGAGGCGUUUGAUGAGGUACCGGCAGGUGGUGCAGAGCCAAGUCUGGAGUGGUCGCCGAGGAACAUGUUGGAUGAGGCGGCCGUAGCAAGCCUGUCGCUGGAGUGGUCGGAGCAGGAAGUCAAACAGGCGCUCAAAGAGGUGGCUAACGACAAAUCACCAGGCCGUGAUGGUUUGCCCAAGGAGCUUUUCCAGCGGCACUGGGAGCUGCUACGUGAGCCGGUGAUGAAGAUGAUCGGAGAGUUCAUUGCAACAGGGAGGCUGCCAGAAGUGGCAAACGAGGCGGUCACAAUUUUGCUUUGCAAGAAAGGCCGGAAUGAGAACAGUGACUGGUACCUUCUUCUGAUCGACUUCGAGAAGGCGUACGAUUCAGUGCGCAGGGGCUUUAUAGUGGAAACUGUCGCAAGCUGGGUUUCCCGCCAAGAUUUGCUCGCAGAGGGAAGAAAACUGGGAAUCGGGGAAGGUAGUUGCGACCGGCUGUCCUAUGUGGGGUACGCGGAUGACACGACCUUGUUGCUGGAGGGAGAGCAGCAACUGAAGGAUGCGGGUGUCCUGCUGCAAGAAUACGCGGAGGUGUCGGGGCUGAAGGUGAACAAGGGGAAAUCUGCGGUCCUGCCGAUAGGGAGAAACGUGGGACAGCAGGCACCUGAUGGCAUGGAGUACAAGUGGGUGGGGGCAAAUGAGGUUGAUAGGCUUCUUGGUGUAUGGAUUUCACCAGGGGGAGAAGCAGAUGCAACCUGGGAAAAGGCUUUUGACAGAGCAGCAGGGGAGCCGAGCAAGUGGAGCACUAAAUAUCUUACGACUGGAGCACGCGUGACCGUUAUCAACAGCUAUGUUCUGCCAAUCUUCCUGUUUCAAGCGCAGGUGUAUCCGCCGGAUGACCUGUUGUGGCGCAGGGUAGAAAAGCUGAUUGAAAACUUUGGGAGGGAGUUGGGCGGAAGCAAGGAGGCGGAGAUGGCGCUGAAGGCUUUCAACGCGGCACCAGAGCGGUGGCGGCAGUGGGUUUUGGCGCCGUUAACAGCAGAGGAGGUUGCGGCAGAGUCACCGGUGGUGUGCACCAGGCUGCCAGGUGGGCAAAGGUGCCUCUGGGAGAUCUGCGGUAAGAUCGGCAGGAAGGUGGAGCUUCGGGGUCUCAGCGGCAAAGGAGAGCGCACGCCGUGGGACGUAAGGCUGGUGCUGUGCUGUGAUAAUGUGCUACCGGUGAAACUAUCUCAAGCGCGGGCGGUACGGGAGGCUGGGGAUCCUAGGACCCGGCUGCUUAGUUCAUCAUUAUUCAAGGAAGAGGUGGUGGUUCCAGUAAGAGGACUCAGGGAGCCGAGCAAGGGGGUGGAGGCGGUGGAAGGGAAGAGGUCGAGUGUGGCGCCAGUGGUUAAUGCUGUCAAGUCGGCGCUCAGCAUGAUGCAGCUAGCAAGGCGGGCUGACAGGCUGGCAGAUUUUGUGUUCGGAGAGGAGGAGACGAAGUCCGGAAUUCCCGAGGCUACAAUGGUGGCGGUGGCGAUGCAUCAGGUUUGGUUGGGAAGGUGUGAUGUGUCGCUCCGAAAGUUGAAGAGGUUUCAGGCACGGAAGGUGCUCAUGAGGAUUAACGUCGAAUUCAACAAGCAUGCAAGAAUAUACUGUGGCAAGCCAGGAAGGAGGGCACGAAAGGAUAAGGCGAGGUGGAACUUGGCGGAGGAUGAGGCACGCGUCAUGCGGCGGAUAUGUGUCAGCGAGGUGGUGGGGCUGAAGUGGCAAGGCGGUUUUCAGUCCAUCUGGUCGAACCCGAGAACCUUCGUGAAGCCACUGUAA